GUGUCUUCAUCACCAUAGCUCACACUGACAUCACACCAUGGGUGCCAAGCAGACCAAAGGCCAGGAGCCUGGAGGAGCCAGUCCUCAGCACAGCUGGAAGCGGACCCCCACCAAGGAGCGGGGGGACCUCCUGGCUUCCCUCAUGCUGAAGUCAGGAGACCGGCUGAACCGUGGAGGGACACCACCUCCCUACCAGCGCCGUAUUGGAAUGAUACAGGAGAUGAUGCUGAUGGCCAAGCAGGGCAAACAGGAUGAAGCCACAGAGAUGCUGAAGACACUCCGACAGGACAUGUAACGCUCAGAGUUACACUGCUACAGCGUGGUUUUACCCUCACUCCUGUGCCUGGCUGGUUAGGAAGACACUCAAACUGGAUCAGUGGGUUGUGGUGAGUUCAAAAGGAAGCAGCAGAGACAGUCUCGUCUUUCAGGAGUGGGGUUUUAAAAAGUCAUGUUAAUAAAUCAGCUUGGAGAAAAAAAUGCUGACUUUAAAAGAGUAGGGUCGCCCAUGGGCUGCA